CAUAUCGCUGCAUUUACACAUUCUAGUACUCAUUUUCCACGCCAUGGCUCGCAAGUUUUUCGUUGGAGGCAAUUUUAAAAUGAACGGAACGCUUGCGUCCCUUCAGAAGCUGGUCGCGGAUUUAAACAGUGCCCAGCUAUCGAGCGACAGUGAGGUGGUCAUUGCCCCUCCUUCUCUCUACGUCCUUCCACUCAAGGAGCUAGUCCGCAAAGACGUCGCAGUCGGGGCCCAGAAUGCACACAUCGAAGUUAGCGGAGCAUUCACGGGGGAGAUAUCCCCGAAACAGCUUCACGAAGAGGGCGUCCCAUGGGUUAUCCUUGGACACUCAGAGCGGCGCUCGCUUUUCCACGAGUCGCACGAAAUUGUGGGAAAGAAAACCAAAGCUGCAUUGGAUGUUGGUCUCAAUGUUAUUUUGUGCGUUGGAGAGACUUUACAAGAGCGCGAGGCUGGGAGGACUAUUCAGGUAGUUGAAAGCCAGCUUGUUGCCGUUGCGAAGGAAAUCAAGGAUUGGAGUAAAAUUGUCAUUGCAUAUGAACCUGUAUGGGCUAUUGGUACAGGGAAAGUCGCCACUCCUGAACAGGCCCAGGAAGUUCACAAGGAUAUUCGAUCUUGGAUUGUUCAGAACAUCGGGGAAACCGUAGCUGAAAGCAUUCGCGUCAUCUACGGUGGGAGUGUGACUGCGGCGAACUCCAUCGAACUCGCAAAACAACUCGACAUUGAUGGAUUUCUUGUUGGCGGCGCAUCCCUCAAGCCCGAAUUCGUCGACAUCAUCAACUCCAAAAAUAAGACAAAUAAGCUAUGAGUCCUCGGCUGAAUGCCAUGAGCAUUACAGAAUUUUAGAGACAAAUAAAACACAAAUGUAAACUAGGUAUUGUAAUGUCAUAGGUAGUACAGAAUGCAUACGAACGGAAGAGAUUCUAAAGACACCG